UUCCAGCGACGGUCACAGUGCGAAGACCCUUAGCGGCUGGACUUUGCUGGACGAUAACACCUUUCCGCGUCCUUCAGUAACAAAAUGUACUAUAAAUUCAGCGGAUUCACACAGAAACUAACUGGAGCGGCACCGGCCACCGCCUACAGCCCGCAGGGGCUGAAACCAGGUCUGCCGGAGCCUCCCACGAUGAUCUUUGCAACACCGACCAAAGUGGUGUCUGAGUCGGGAGCCGUGGUCGAGUAUCUGGGGACCAACAAGGUGCCAGAACUGCAGAGGUUCUUCCAGCGGGCAGACGGCACCCCAGUCCACCUAAAAGGCGGUUAUGCCGACAAACUGCUGUACCGCACCACCAUGGCUCUGACAGUAGGGGGCGUGAUGUACUGUUUGAUGGCUCUGUACAUGGCGGCGCAGCCCAAGAAAAACUAAUUCGGGAACAACUGGACUUGCCUCCUCCGGUUCACUGCGUUUUUAUACAUUUUCAUUUGUUGGGACUAUUAAAAUCGAACAACGGUGACCAGCAUUCACUUCAGAUAAA